AUGAGUAGGGUGAGUAGGAUGAGUAGGGUGAGUAGGAUGAGUAGGGUGAGUAGGAUGAGUAGGGUGAGUAGGAUGAGUAGGGUGAGUAGGAUGAGUAGGGUGAGUAGGAUGAGUAGGGUGAGUAGGAUGAGUAGGGUGAGUAGGAUGAGUAGGGUGAGUAGGAUGAGUAAGAUGAGUAAAAUUGAGUUUGAGUAUGACAAGAGAAUCGAGAGGUCAAAUGUUGUUGAGAAAUCACAAUCAGAAUGUUGGUCUGGAUGUGUGUGGUAG